AUUUAUUAUCAAAUAUGACCCUUACAGCAACACCUUAAUGUAGAUUCUCUUCUGGCCCAAGGAGAAAAUGGUGUUUCCAUUUCUGCCAAUGACAUCUGAACAGGAAGAAUAUAAACCGCAAUAGAAGGAUUAACUUGGUAGCUCCAGGGGACGGAACCUCACGUUUAGAGCUCGGCUACUUUGUGCUAUCUCAUUUUUUAGAUCAUCAGCUGCGAUGGAUUCCCUUAGCCAACACCUGGAGGGUCUCAAACUCUUUGGAAACAAAGAUCAAGUUGAAGUUGAAGAGGAAAUCCUGGAAAGCCUAAACAUGGUGCUGCAAGCUGUGACUGGAGACCAACAACUCUCAGGGAACCUUCUCCAAGCCAGUGGGAUUUUCACGACAUUGGGUCAGAUUCUGACAAGUCAUCCACGAUGCGCAGUGCCUGCUGCACAAGUCCUGGCAGAGCUGGCUAAGAAUGAGGAGUUAAAGCAGCCCUGCAUAGAUGCUGGCCUGGUGUCUGCUCUGCUGCCUCAUCUGGAAAGCUCUGACCAAGAUCUGCUGCUCCACUCUGGGAGGGCCAUUGGGCGCAUCUGUUAUGGAAACAAGGAACUUCAGGAGGAAUUAGUCAAGGCUGGAGUGAUCUCCUUGCUGGUCAAGAUCCUAUGUGACUUUCCAGAAAGUGAACCACUUGUGAGAGUGGAUCUGUUGGCCCUGUGUAAUUUGGCAGAGUUGGACACAGCUAAGGAAGCUCUCAGCAAGACCAACGUGGCAGAGGAGCUGGUAAGGCAAUUAAGGAGGGCUGAGAAUCAGGAGAGAUUGGAGAUAGUCACUGAGAUCCUACAGCUUUUGGCAGAGAAUGAUUCCCUGAAAGUGCAGCUGGUAGAUGCAGAUGUUCAAAGUGCCCUCGUGGAGAUCCUGCAGAGGGUCCAGGACAGCCCAGAGGUUGAGGCUGCAGGCAUUACAAAGAGCAUCUCAGACCUUGUCAUCUCUCUACUCCUGGGAGAUGAGUCUAUGCAGAAACUGUUUGCUAAUGGAACCGGCCUCAUCUACCAGAGGAUCGGCAGCUGGCUUUUGUCCUCGAAUAUCCAGCUGCAGCUGACUGGCGCCCUGGCAGUCGCCAACUUUGCCAGAAAUGACAGCAACUGUGUGAAGAUGGUACAACUGGGUGUUGUACAUCAGCUCCUCGAUGUCCUGGAAAGGCACGUGGACAAUGGUGAUGUGACGGUACAGCACGCAGCCCUGAGUGCCCUCCGUAACCUCGCCAUCCCUGUGAUCAACAAAGUGCAGAUGCUGGAAGAAGGUGUGGCCAAACGUAUCCAGAUGUUGCUGAGGUCCGAGAUGCCUCCAGUGCAGUUUAAACUCCUAGGAACACUCCGAAUGUUGAUGGAUGGCCAAGUGAAAGCCGCAGAAAGUCUUGGGCAGGACCCAGCUCUGUUGAACCGGCUAGUGCAGUGGUGUGAAGCCAAGGAAAAUGCAGGUGUCCAAGGAGAAGCCAACCGCCUCCUAGCUUCACUGCUGAGACACAGCAAGUCCCAGGAAGUGGUUAGAGCCAUUCAGGAAGCCCAGGGAAUGAAGCACCUCGUUUCCAUGACAACCAGUGAGCACGCCAUCAUGCAGAAUGAAGCUCUGAUAGCACUGGCCAUUGCUUCAGCAAUUAAUUUAGAAAUCAUCAAAGAUGCAUUUAAAGAGUCCAAAUUGAUUCCAAAUUUACAGAAGCUUCUUGAAGAUGAUAUGACAAGCCCAGAGGUGAAGUACAAGUCCCUGGGCCUCUUAUGCAGCCUCCUGAGUUCAGGUGAUUUGAGAAAGCAAAUGGAGGAAGCCAAAGUCCAAGACACACUGGAGAGCCUCUGCAACCACAGUAAUGUCAACGUGGUCAAACAGGCCGUCACCGCAAUCCAGAUCCUGAAAAGAAACGCCCAGGACUCAGGUCUCUUUUUCCCCUAGGUGCUGGUGUUCCUGUUUCACCGAGACCAGCCUUCCUUGGGAGGUUGCUGUUUGCAAUAUAUAUUACACCUAUUCUUCUUGCCAUCUCUUCCUCACACUUGAGGGGGGAACCCAGAGUAACCCCAUCCCUGGACGCCAAACACAGCACACUCACAUUCUAAGUGGUAGUAGUACCCAGCAACAUUGUGGUCUUCCUGCCAACUUUGGGGAUUUUUAGUCACCUACCUGUGCAACCUCUACGCUCACCUUUGAUCCAGGUGGUCCCUCUAGCUGAUACCCUAGAGGAAUUCUUCAUUCAGUGUGAACCACGCUCCCUUUCAUGUCCCUCACCAAUCAGGGACCUUUCACCAGCCCUUUCCUUCUUCUCUAAAACAGGCCUAGAGAUUGCAGGGAACAAGUUAUAAAAAAGGCUCGGUUUAGGGAAGUGGUCACCGAAGUGGCGCUGAAAGAAUGGCUGGGGAAGAACUCCUCACCUUAGAUAGUUAAUCAUGCAAUGAAUAUUGGACUGUCUGCUACACAAAGCACCAUUAACCACAGCAGUGGCAAUGUGACAUUGUUAGGACUCUUCUAGAGUUAAUUUUGCAAAUUGCACCAAAGCCUACGCUGGCAACCCAAGUUAUAGAAUCCCACCAAUAUUUCCCAGCUCCCAGGUCUCUACUUUCACCAAGUGGGCAAGAUCUUUUUAACCAAAACGUAGGGAAAGCCCCAAAUGACUGAUCCCUGGUGUAUGAUCUCCUCUUUGUUAAAGACUUGUGGCCAUCCUAACUAUCCCUCAUCUUAAGACCCGUUGAACCUACAUCCCACCUCAACCCUCCCAAGAACUUUUUUUUAAAAACCAUUGCUCAGGAUUGACUGGUCUUCCAAAGCAGAAUCCUACCUAAAAACCUACGGCCCAAUCAAUAAUUUUAUGAAAGCCCAGCUUCCACUGGAUUUAAGUAAUCUUAUAAGUAACAGGUCUUCCCUACCCUCACGAUGCAGUGGAAAGAAUGUUAGAUUUGUCAUCAGAGGGCCUGGAUUCAAAUCCCAGCUCUGCCCUUAUUACCUGUUCAGAAAGUCACUUAAAGGAAGGAAGGUUAGAUCAGAUGACUCUUGAAUUUUCUUCCAGUUCUGUGCUCCCAGCAGCAGAAACAACUGACAUGUCUUAGUAGCAAUAAUCUCAUUUACCAUAGAAAGAGAAAAAUUGGAUUCACAGGGAAAGACUGAGGACUGACAAGGUCCCUGAAGGGGAGGUCUCAUGAAACAGGUUCACACUAUGGGGAAGAUGACACUUACCUCUCAGAUGCAAUCAUUUCUGUCCAUCCACUGGCCCACAAUGAUACAGUGAAGUAUCCUCCUAGAAAACAGAUCUGUCUUCUGGGAUCUGUAGGCUCUGAGAGCAGUAUCUGCUAGUACAGGUCAAGGGCAGGCAGCGAGAACUAGGAGUUACUAAGGAAGAUGGGAGGGAGUCCAAACACAUCUCAUUGAUAUUCUGUCCCAAUUACUGUCAAGUGGAAAUGACAAAAGAAUUCUCUGCAUCUCAACUCCGUAAUUUGUUCAAUGAAUAAACUUCAAUUCCAUAACAAGUUAGUGACUCUCCAUUCCUUGGGUCUGUAUAAUAUUAUGCUUUUGUAUACUGCUUUAAAAAAUAAAAGCCUUUGCAAAGCCAA